AUGGAUUCUAAAGACAUUAAAAAACAAAAACCAAAAACCAACACCGCGCAAGCGGAGAAGAGACCCGUAAGGGUAGAAGUGCGUGAGGGCGGGAAACCAGCUGAGGGACCCCCGACCGUCUCGAAAGAGCGGGAGGGCGGGAAGCCAGCUGAUAGACCCCCGAUCGUUGAAGAAGGUGGAACUCUGAGCUCCGACGAGGAGAGCGGAGGAACACAGAGAGAAGCAAGGCAGGGCACUCCAGAUGUCUUACAACUGGGUGGCCUGACCUUGAACGAAGAGGAUGCACUGCUCAAAUCACCAUCGAGGGGGGAAACCACUAGGGAGGCCACACCGAUGGUGCAUGAGCAGUUCCACAAGUACGAGUCGAAGGCUCAGAAAAAGAAAGCCAAGCUGCUUAGGAGGAGGGCUGCGACUGCUGGGGAAGGGAGUGGCAUUCCCGAGGUAUUUACCAAAGGGGAGGCCAAGCCCGGCCCGAGCAGACGCGGCUUAAAGAUAAAACGUCAGAGUACUGAUGAGGGUCGCUCGGAGCGUCCUCCAGCGAAGCGCCCGAACCAAGGCAAGGCGGCCGCGGAGGGACCACGGAACGUCGCUAAGGCGAAUCGUGGGCUCGCUGUGGCUGUGUGCCGAGAGGACGGAGUUUCGGUGGAUGAGGCUCUGGCGAGACUCAUCAGAAAGAGGCUUACGCAGCUGAUUGAGGUGGUCGUCCUGAAGGUAGUCAGGGGGGAGCCUGGCUUAGUAGCGCCAAGAUUCGCUACGUCGGGGUUGGUGUCAGAAGGAUUCUUCCUUGUGACACCAAAAACGACGGAGUCGAGGGAAUGGCUGCUAAGUCAGGACUUCGGAGAGUUGGAUGGCCACAAAAUCAUCGUGCGCAAGCUGGAGCAGACCAGGGUGCAGGUUUGGGUUCCGGGCGACACGGACACUGAGUACGUAAAGGAGUUCCUUUACGCUCAGAAUCCCGAUCGACCGGAACUCAAAAUUCUGCACUGGAAGGCAGUAGGUAGGGAGGCUCUAGAGCUAGGAACCCGACUGAUCUAUAUGGUUCCAGACGGAGUCGAGGAGAGCUGGGGGCAAGAGAAGACCAAGAUUCUGGACUUCUCGGCCACCAGCGUACGAGUCCGGAUUCUGAGGGCGAAUCCAAAUCCACAACCCUCAGAAUCCAAACAAGAGGGACCAGUAGAAGCACCCGAGCUGAAGCAGGAGAGUGCUGAACCCGUCGAUGUCCAUACGGGAGGAGAGGGGAGUAUGGAUGUCGCCGGCAGUGAACUCUCCGAGUAGCAGCUCGGGGACAACAACACUACACAAAAGAGAUGAAAAGAAAGGGAGACACACAGGGAACACUACACAAACACACACACACCAACACACACACGAACAUAUGCCAAGUAAACCUCCAACAUUGCAAGGAUGCCAUGUCCGAGCUGGGACAAUAUGUUAGGAGGGCCGAAGUUGACAUAGCACUGCUGCAAGAACCUUAUGCAUGGAAAAAUCGGGUGGCAGGCCUGGGACAUCUGGGGGGAGCUCUCUACUACGAAGGGAAUGAGACCUUGUUGUGGUGGAGACCUACUUCAUGAAAGAAGAUGGCAAGAGAUACAAGGUGGCGCUAGCGUCCUGCUAUCUGCCGGGCGAUGGAGUGGCACCCACGAAGGAACUAGAAGAAACGGUACUGUGGUACAGAG